CUAAUUAUUCUAUUUUUAUCUGUUUGCGACUCCUCCUUUCACUCCAAUUCAUGGACGCGUAACAAACAUUGGAUCGAGAAGAUAAAGAAGAAGAAGAAGAAGAGAGUGAAGUGAGUUCCAUUUGGAAUCGAGAGAUGAGAGGAGAAAGAGAGAGGAACAGCAGCAACACAGGGACAGGGACAGGGACGGCGCAGAGAAGGAUAGGGUACAUAAACGCCCAAACGACGUCGUUGCAGCAGAUCCGUCCCUCUCUCAUAACGUGGUUCCUGCAGCGACCCCACUCCAUCCCCUUCGUGCUCGCGCUCUUCCUCUUCCUCGCCUGGAUCUCCCUCCGCGUGCAGCGCGCCGCCCACACGCUCCCCCGCUCCUCCGCCUCCGACCGCCGCGACGCCGCCGCCAGCCUCGUCCGCUUCCUCCCCUCGCGCGCCGCCAAGGACAACCGCGGCUGGCUCUUCGACCCCGUGGCGCUCGCCCUCGCUUCCGGCCUCAAAGGUGGAGCUGUCACGUGCGCCUCGCUUCACGUGGGAGAAAUUCGACCUGGCAAAUUCAGAGGGAAUCACAGACACCACGAUUCCAACGAGACUUUUCUCAUUUGGGGCGCUGCCACCAGGUUUAGGUUAGAGAACAGCGAGGAAGAUAAUGGUUAUGCCGAAGUGACCCUUGACAGAGAUGAAAUUGCUGUAGCUGCCAGUCCAGUUCACACAGCGCAUGCUCUAGUGAACAUUGAUCCCAUUCGUAGUACCUUCUUUAUAGGGUGUCAAGACAGUAUCGUAAACUAUAAUGCCUCUACUGACUUUAAUGUAUGGAAAGAUCUUUGAACAUUUUUUUUCUUUUCAUUUUGUUUCUGAAUCUGAAAUGUAUCUGAGUCUCCAGGUUGCUGCACAGCAUAAUGAAGUUUUAACCUAUUAGUUUUCUGUACAA